AUGUCUUGUCUUGAUGAAUUCAAAGAAGAUUGGAGCUACGAUGAUCCAUCGAACUGGCACGAGCGAUUUCCAUCUGCAAGAGGUAACUUUCAGUCGCCUAUCAAUAUCAAAUUGAGCCAAAGUGUUAUUCAAAAUUAUCCGCCAUUUACAUUAUCUCCCAAGUGUAAAAAUCGAUAUUUAUAUACACUGAAAAAUGAUGAUCACAAGCUUACGGUUACAUUAGCUAAAGAAAAUAAAAAUAAAAAUCAAGGAGAUCUAUGGGUUAGAGGUGGUGGUUUAACGGGUACGUUCCAUUUCGUUAAUUUUCAUUUACAUUGGGGAGGUCAUGAUACGCACGGUUCCGAACAUGAACUUAGUGGAUGUCGAUUUCCUGCCGAAGCCCAUUUCAUUUUUAAGAAUUUAGAAAAUCAAGAAAUGACAAUAUUUGCAUUUUUUUUGAAUAUAAGUGGCCGAUUUGACGACGAAAAUACGGAAUGGAAAAAAUAUGCUGAUGCUACAAGCCUUUUAAAAAAUAAUGGCGACAAAUAUAACUGUAUAUUUUAUUUAAGUACUCUUAUGCCGAUUGAAGGUAAUAAAUUUUUUCGUUACAUUGGUAGUUUAACAACACCUCCAUGCACGGAAGGAAUUAUUUGGACUAUAUUUUAUAAUGUAAUACCCAUUACAGAGCACAGUUUGAAUUUACUUCGAAAUAAUGUUAUGCGAGAAUCUUGUAGACCAAUACAAUCAAUCAACGAUCGAAUUAUUUAUCGAAAUUUUGACAGAUGA